CACACGCGGCUCCAUCCCUUUAGUUGAUACGGUGGCUACAAUGCAUCAGUCCGGCGUACUGCACGGCGAGCUUUACACAUACGGUCAGAUAUACUGUAAAUAUUCGUCAGCUGCCCAGUUUCCCAUCGGAUCAACGCUAAAACCUUCAAACUAAAAAGAUGGGUUAGACGGAGGAUGCGCCGAUCAGCCGUUUUCACUUCUUCGAGACCAUGGGGAACUCGACUUUCUAUUUCUACCAAGGCACCAUGACAAUGAUCAGGAAAGAAAAUAGAGACGGGAACUGAUUUUCUCCCCUGUUCUUUCAUUUUCUUCCUUUUUGUUUUUUUUUUGAGAAAUGAUUGCAGAGUUGGUGUCCAGCGCCGUGGCUUUGGUCCUGUAUCUCAACACCCUGGGCGCUGAUUUCUGCUACGAUGACAGCCGUGCAAUCAAAACGAACCAGGACCUGCUCCCAGAGACCCCCUGGAUCAGCAUCUUCUACAACGACUUCUGGGGGACCCUCCUCACCCACAGUGGCAGCCACAAGUCAUACCGGCCCCUCUGCACACUCUCCUUCCGACUGAACUAUGUCUUGGGAGGUUUGGAUCCCUGGGGCUACCAUUUGGUCAACGUGAUGCUCCACUGCGUCGUCACCGGCCUCUUCGCCCGCCUCUGUCGCCCCCUGCUGGGCGGGGGCCUCUGGACACUGGUGGCCGGGUUGCUCUUUGCCUCGCACCCUGUACACACGGAAGCGGUGGCAGGCGUGGUGGGCCGGGCCGACGUGGGGGCAGCGCUGCUGUUCCUGCUGUCAUUGCUGUGCUACGCUCGCCACUGCGCACUCAGGCUCGCCACAACGCGCUCCUGGGCCUGGUUCCUGGCCAGUCUGGCCUGUGCUGCCUUCAGCAUGCUGUGGAAGGAGCAGGGUGUCACCGUGCUGGCCGUGGCCGCCCUCUACGAUGUCUUCAUCGUCCACCGUCUCAGCUUCCGGCAAAUCAUCACCCUCCUCUGCAAGAGGAAUAACGUGGCUCUUUUGCGCAGCCUGAUUCUGCUGGCAGUCUGGGGGGCUGUUCUGCUGGUGACCCGCCUGCACUGGAUGGGCAGCACGCCGCCCAACUUCUCCAACUCGGACAACCCAGCAGCCGACUCUCCCAGCUUCCUGACCAGGACCCUGACCUUCCUCUACCUGCCAGCAGCCAACGCGUGGCUGUUGCUGUGCCCAGACACCCUGAGCUUUGAUUGGUCGAUGGACACCCUGCCCCUCCUCACCAGUACUUCUGAUUGGAGGAAUCUGCAUACUGUGGCAUUCUAUCUAGGAUUACUGCUCCUAGCUCGGUUUGGCCUUCGAGGUCCUGCCGUGGCCAAGGAGGCCAACGGCAAAGCCCUCAUCUCAAAUGGCAAGUCCAGCGCCAACGGGCACAGUUGCCAGGUCGAUUCGGAGCACAUCAACUCAAACCCAGCACCUCUAAACAGUACAGAGAAUGGCACAGAACCCAACUGUGCGACACCGAACCUCCUGCCCAGCACAGAAAACGUUGUGAUGUUCUCCCUGGGCCUGAUGUCCGUCCCCUUCCUCCCCGCCACUAACCUUUUCUUCUACGUGGGCUUCGUGAUUGCCGAGCGGGUCCUCUACAUACCCAGCAUGGGUUCCUGCCUUCUGCUGACUUUGGCCAUGAGGUCCCUGCAAGUCCGCCUACGGAAGACGUCCUCCAAGACCAUAGUGCUGUACUGCAGCGCCAGCUUGGUCAUAUUCUACGGGGUCAAAACCGUCUUGAGAAACCAGGAUUGGCACAAUGAGGAGAUGCUGUAUAGGUCAGGGAUCACUGUAAACCCUGCCAAAGCUUGGGGGAACCUCGGGAACGUCCUGAAGAACCAGGGCAAGACCGCGGAGGCCGAGCAGGCCUACAGGAACGCCCUCUACUGCCGGAGGAACAUGGCGGACAUGCUGUAUAAUCUGGGUUUGCUGCUACAAGAAAACAACAGAUUUUCUGAGGCGCUACAUUACUACAGGCUGGCUGUCGGGAGCAGGCCGACUCUGGCUUCUGCUUACUUGAACACAGGAAUCAUCCUGAUGAACCAAGGCCACCUAGACGAAGCUAGGAGAACGUUCCUCACAUGUGCCGACAUCCCUGAUGAGAACCUGAAGGAUCCUCAUGCUCACAGGAGCUCCGUGACCAGCUGCCUCUACAACCUGGGCAAACUUCUCCAUGAACAGGGCCAUCAGGAGGAGGCCCUGUUGGUCUACAAAGAGGCAAUACAGAAAAUGCCAAGGCAAUUUGCACCUCAGAGCCUGUACAAUAUGAUGGGAGAGGCCUACAUGAGGCUGAACCGACUGCCCGAGGCCGAACACUGGUACAGGGAGUCUCUGAGGGUCAAGCCCGACCACAUCCCUGCCCACCUGACCUACGGGAAGCUCUUGGCGCUCAUGGGACAGAAGGUGGAGGCAGAAAGGUACUUUCUGAAGGCUGUUCAGCUGGACCCAGCUAAAGGGAGCUGCUACAUGCAUUAUGGCCAGUUUCUUCUAGAAGAGUCUCGGCUGGCCGAGGCCGCGGAGAUGGCUGAGAUGGCCGCCCAGCUGGAGAGCAGCGAGUUCGAUGUGGUCUUCAACGCGGCCCACAUGCUCAGGCAGGCGAGUCUCCAUCAUACCGCUGAGAAGUAUUAUGGCCUUGCAGCAAGCCUGAGGCCAGACUAUCCAGCAGCCUUAAUGAACCUGGGCGCGAUUCUCCACCUCAAUGGGAAGCUCCAGGAGGCCGAGGCCAAUUAUCUCAGAGCCCUCCAGUUGAAGCCAGAUGACACCAUCACGCAGUCCAACCUGCGAAAGCUGUGGAACAUUAUGGAGAAGCAAGGCCUGAAGACCAGGGGCUCCUUGCCAUGAGCUGUAUCGAGCCCCGUGGGACGCAAGCUGCUGAAGACGUCAGACUGUUCCUCAGACAGACCGGUGGGCCGCGCCAUUCAGAGCCUAACGCUCCUCUGACGUUCAGCACUAGACUUGGAAUGGGCCCUGGGUUUGUGGCCGGUCCUCUGAUGAGCUUGAUUUGAUUACUACUUCUUUUGAAUUACUAAUUUCAUUUUUAUUCUCUGCUGAUUUUGACCAUGGGCGAUGCAUUAAAGACUGAGAAAUCAAUUAUAUAGAUGUACAAUUAUACAGGGUUUGAGUUUAUAACCAGGGUUAAUCGCUUUGUAAGUUGAAACGAAAUCAAGUUAGUCAAACUGAAGCGUUUCUCAAAUUUUGAUUGUGUUUGACAUCUGCCACUGUUGUCUUAGGUUAAGGGUACUUCUGCAGAAAGCUCAAAAAACCAAAAAGGUUUGAGAGAAAUGUCAAAUCUGACAAAUUAUUUCCUCGUCUAGCUUUUCCGGUGUGACAUUAUACACGAAUUGUAGAUACAGUGAGAUAAAGUGCUUGGAUUUUGGCAAAGUAAGGUAGCGACAUACUGAAGGUAUUCAGAUGAUUACGCAUGUAAACAUCUGCAGCCUGGAUUCCGACAGCCUGCCCGGAACGCAUCCUGGAAACGAUUGAGUGUCACUGCGCGCGUGGAGAGCAGGUGACGUGUCGCAUGUCCUGGUAGGACAAACAGCAUUUCAGAGAGCAACUGUCAGCAAAGUCAAGUGACUGAAUAGGACUUAAUCUUAAUCAUUUCAGGUCGUACGUCGAUCAUGAGAAACACAUAUAAGUAUUAAGGAAGCUGGGAACAUGUUGAGUAGCCGGAUGCAGAUUUUUGUGACACCGUGUCAGGCAGAGGGGACCAUUGACAGCUGUAGCCACGCCCACCAGCGUUCUGCUCUGUCCUCCUCCAUCCUCAACGAUGCUGAAAAUUCCCCCACCCCCCCAGCGAUCCAGGCCAGGCUACCAACCCCCACCAUUAAAUGUGGAGGUUUAGAACACAAGACGCUUCCUCUCAAUCACUGAUAUGUUCUAAGUAAUGCGUGUCAAACAGGAGCUUGUUAGCGUCUUAGGCUGUGGCGGACAAUUCCCAUAACCAAACAGACCUACGCUAUAACUGUUGCACUCUUAACAAUGCACAACCACAGAGUUUUUUCCUAUUUAUGGAUACUUAAAUAUGUAGCAUAUUUUGCUAUAUUUGUUUAAGUGUCUAAGUCCUCGUAUUGUUCGUAUAUACUUUUAAUAUAUUAAGCUGUUGCUUUAAGCAAGGGUGAAGUACAGACUAGCAAGGAAAGAACGUAAAGAAGGUUGUUUUGAUGUGAUAAUUUAUGACUGUCAUUUUUUGUUCUGCAUUAUUUUGUUCUGUUAGGGUGUAAUAUUUUGUUGAAUUGAUGGUGAAAAUAAUCUUUGAUAAUUGUAACAUUGUCCUGAAAUUUGUUUGUCUUCUUGCCAUCGCAAAGCUGUUCUUGAGAUGCAGGCAGUUAUAUGACUGACAUUGUUUGUUUCCUGUUCGUUUAAGGUUGUUUAAAUUAUUGCAGUGUGUGCGUGUUUGUGUGUGUGAGAGAGAGCGUGUUACCUUAGCUAGUAAACCAGCUGGCACUGUGUUGUAAAAAGGUUUUAUCUGAAGGAGCCACUGACAUAUUGCUUUUGUAGAUAUCGGUGGAAACAGGAAUCUGCAGGAUUUACUAUGUGGAGGCUGUGUAUUAACAUAAGGCAGUGCUGUGAAAAAGAUACUUGGCAAACAAAUUAUAACCAGGUUCACCACAUUUUGUUAGUCUGACGUAUUCAUUUGCCACCAUAGGAAAAAUAAUAGUAACAACUGAAUUAUUUUGAAGCACAUCAAAAUGAGUGUGAAUGAUUAUGUAUGUAAACAGGCUUAGUUAAUCAACGGUACAUCAACCAGUCAUCCUGUUUGAAACUGAAAGGUGAAAUUCUGGUUUGGUUUUCAAUAUUUAGUCAGUACUUACAACUUGAUUCAUUAAAUGCCAGUGUACAGAUGUAAGAAAUGUACAAAAAUGUUGAACUUCCUUCCAUGAAAGAGUGAGUACUGCCUAGCAGAUGGUAUUGUAUAUGAUUGGCGAUGAGUGUUCAAAACGCAUUCGUGUUUCGCAGUGUUUUCUUGGGUCAGUUCUACACAGUACAUGACCUCACUUGUUUUUCACUGCAGCACUGCAGAGGUCUGAAUGACAUGUGACACAGCAAACGCUGGCAGCGUGGUUUCACUAAGGCUUGUUGCCAUGGUGUCUGUACAAGAUUAUUCAGUUUGGCCACAAAGGACACCAUGCUUAGACAGUACUGUGUGUAUAAUUUACUUGUUCUUCAUGUGUAAAAACUGUUUAAAAAGCUAGUAAAAAAUGGAAAAAAAAAUCUUUUAAAGAAAUGUGUCAUUAUGUGUCUGCUCAGGGAUUUAAGUCUGGGUGUUCAGAAUCGUGCUGACGUGGAAAUGUUAACACGCUGGCAUGAGUUUAUUAAAUUAAAGGUUUUAUUUUUUGAAAACGGUUGUAUUUGUAUAAAUUAUCAAAAUUUGUAGCCAUUUUUUGUAAUACAAAAGGCAUUUGUUUGCCAGACUAGGCUCUCCAAAAUGUUUUUUUCACCAAUAAAAUAAUAGUAACAUGGA